AGUAUUUGAAAAUCUGAAGACUGAAGUUUCAAAAUCAACAGAUGAAGGGCUUAUGCCCGAAACAUUGACUCUCCUGCUCCUCGGACGCUGCCUGACCUGCUGUUUUGCCAGCGCCACAUUUUUUGACUGACUCUCCAGCGUCUGCAGUCCUCACUUUGAUGUCAAUGUCUGACAGUCACUCAAUCCAUCGGGACCACAACAAUUUUUGACUGUGAUUUCUGUGGGAGGGAUAAACGCUUUUUGCUUCCUGUUUGAGGACGUUUUCAGCAUCAGGUGGGACUUGACGAGAGACCCCACUGUUGCAGCGCACUGUGUGUGGAGCCUGAAACAGUUAUACGGCCUGGGAAGGGAAUUUCACGGCAGGGAGGGGCUCUACACGUGUUUGUGUGCAGCUGAAACUGUGGCCAUGGAGAAACCCGAGGAAUCCCACUCUGUGGAGAAACUGUGGAAGUGUGGGGACUGUGGGAAAGGCUUCCGUGUCCCGUCUGCCCUGGAGACUCAUCGGCGCAGUCACACCGGGGAGAGGCCAUUCCCCUGCACCGACUGCGGGAAGGCCUUCAGCACUUCCUCCACCCUGCUGAGCCACCAGCGUGUCCACACCGGGGAGAGGCCGUUCAGCUGCCCUGAGUGUGGGAAGGCCUUCAGGUAUUCCUCCCACCUGCGGACCCACCGGCAUUUCCACACGGGGGAGAGGCCGUUCAACUGCCCUGAGUGUGGGAAGGCCUUCAGACAUUCCUCCACCUUGCGGACCCACCGGCUUGUCCACACCGGGGAGAGGACUUUCAGCUGCCCCGAGUGUGGGAAGGCCUUUAUCUUGUUCUCCUCCCUGAUGAGGCACCAGCGGAUCCACACGGGCGAGAGGCCCUUUACCUGCCCCGAGUGUGGGAAGGCCUUCAGCGAUUCCUCCACCCUGCUGAGGCACCAGCAGAUCCACACGGGGGAGAGACCGUACACCUGCCAUCAGUGCGGGAAGGGCUUCACCCGGGCCUCCCAAAUGGGGACACACCAGCGUGUCCACACUGGGGAGAGACCGUACACCUGCCCUCAGUGCGGGAAGGGCUUCACCUGCUUCUACCACCUGCGGAGACACCAGCGGAUCCACACCGGGGAGAGGCCCUUCAGCACAUCUUCCGCCCUGCUGACCCACCAGCGGAUCCACACUGGGGAGAGACCUUACACCUGCUCUCAGUGCGGGAAGGGUUUCACCCGCCCCUCCCACCUGCGGAGCCACCAGCGAGUUCACGUGCCAUCGCAGGGGGAUUGAAGGAGUGACGGCCGAGUCCCAUUAUCGAUUGGAAUAUCAACCCGGUUCCGGGGACUCCCGGGUUCGAAUCCCGCCACGACAGAUGGCAGAAUUGGUAUUCGGUCAGAAAUAUGGAGUUCAGAAUUUAAUGAUGAGACCGUUUCAGGGAGGGGGUGGUGCGGGGGAGAAAGCCCCCAUCUGAUUCCCUCUCUCCCUUGUUAGGGAAGGGAACCGCCAUUGUGGGAAAGGAUACACUCAGUCGUUCCAGCUGCAUCCUUUACCCGGUCUGCCCUACACGUGACUCCAGACCCACAGCAGUCUGGUUGACUCCACACUGCCCUCCCCCCACUGGCAAAGGAGCGGGGAGAAACUUACUUGGAGACAGGGUAUGGGCUGAAAUUGCUGAGUGAGGCAAUACUUCCUCCGGGUUACGGCUGUACCAAGGAUCCAAUUACAAAGGGACAACUUGGUGCUGGCCAAUAGUAAAGACAGUGAGGGGGGUGGGGAUGGGGCCAGGGGAGGUGUGGUGUGUGCACUUUUACCUUGAGCUGUUCAAAAAGCAACUACUUUUUCUCUGCCUUUUUGCUGGGGGGGAUCUGAAACUGUAACAAAGUUGGGUUGUAAUAAAGGUUACCUGAACUUA